UUCGGCCCGGGAACCCACAAUCUAUUCCGGGGCAAACCCAACGCAAUAUUCCGGAAUGCACACUAUACCAUGUCCAUGUCCAAGCCCAACGUCCUCGUCUUUGGUCUAGGAGGUAUCGGUGGCGUAUAUGCGUGUCUAUUGAGCCUGUCGGAGCGGUGCUGUGUUCACGUCGUUGCGAGAUCAAACUAUGAGAGCGUGAAGACGAGGGGAUUUCGAUUGGUUUCGCCAAAAUUAGGCGACCACGAUGAUAUCCAGUUCGCGGGCGUCUGGAGAAGCUGUCGCGAGGCAAAUGAAUCGAACGUACAGUUCGACUAUGUGAUUUGUGCCAACAAGGCCCUCCUCGAUGCCGAGCCUUCACUCUCGGAGCAUCUGCGGCCAGUCAUCACCUCGACCACUUCCAUAGUCCUACUGCAAAAUGGGGUAGGCAUCGAAGCACCGUUGCACGAAUCGUUCCCCAACACCACCAUCAUUUCAGCAGUUGUAUGGACUGGGGGCAAGAUGCUUCCUGAAAAGAAUGGCAUAGCCGGGGUCGAACACUUUUCCGAUCUAUCCUUGACUAUUGGGGUGGAUUACAGAGCCAACGGGGACAAGGCAGAGGAAGACGCCAAGCUUGAUCGCUUCGUUGAGAUGAUCAAAGCCGGUAAGGGAGGGUGUAUUGUCACAGACGAUAUUCAGAGUCAACGUUGGGUCAAGGUCAUAUGGAACGCUUAUGUCAACUCGUUGACUGCUGCUAUUCGUUUACCUUCUCACUUUCUCUUCGCAGCCACCCCAUUCGCCGAGCAGCUUUCCAUGGCCAUAUUGAGCGAAACGUCUACCGUCGCUCGAGCCAAAGGGCUCAAUAUUCCCCCAGAAACGGAGCAACAACUCUUUGACCGAUGCAAGGCUGGCAUACCCGGAGCGAAAGGUUAUCCUAGCAGCAUGAUGAUGGAUUGUAUAGACUGCAAGCCGAUGGAAGUCGAGGCCAUCCUCGGUACACCCCUAAGGGAGGGCCAACGACUGGGCAUUCCCACACCGACACUAUUAACUAUGUACACCAUUCUCAAAGCUGUUGACCUGGGACGUGCAAGCCCAGAUCUGUAAUCGUACCA